CGAAAUUCUCCAGGGUAGCUGGCGGGUCCGGGGCCGGGCUGGUGGCUGGGGUCACGGUGGCCCAUCGCCAUGAAGUUGACGCGCAAGAUGGUCCUUUCCCGGGCCAAGGCCUCGGAGCUGAACAACGUGAGAAAGCUCAACUGCUGGGGCAGCCGCCUCACAGAUAUCUCCAUAUGCCGGGAAAUGCCCAGCCUGGAAGUGAUCACCCUCAGCGUCAACAGCGUGUCGACCCUGGAGCCCGUGAGCCGGUGCCAGCAGCUGAGCGAGCUGUACCUGCGGAGGAACCGCAUCGCCAGCCUCGCCGAGCUCUCCCACCUGAAGGGCCUGCCGCGCCUGCGGGUGCUGUGGCUGGCCGAGAACCCGUGCUGCGGCGCCGACCCCCACCUCUACCGCAUGACCGUGCUGCGCAACCUGCCCAACCUGCAGAAGCUGGACAACCAGGCUGUGACCGAGGAGGAACUGUCCCGAGCGCUGCUGGAGGGAGAGGAGGUCACAGCCCCCAGCAGAGAGGGCACGGGGAACGGCAGGCCCGAGCUGUCCUAUGCCCUGAGCGCCGUGCACACCACUGCUGAGACCCAAGGGGACCCGCUGACCUACGGCGAGGAGGAGGCAAGCAGCGUCCAGGGACAGCUCAGUCUGAAGCCCCCUGCCCGGGACCAGAGGGCUGCGGUGAGCAGUCGCAAGCACAGGAACAACGUCCUGACCGCCAUCCUGCUGCUGCUGCGGGACUUGGACACCGAGGAGCUGGAAGUUGUGCACCAGACUGUGGUCGGCCGGCUGCAGGCCCUGCACAGGCAGGAGCUGCAGGAGGACAUGGAGUGACCCAGCGGGGACCCCACACUGCCAGCUCCUCCGUGGGACCCUUGCUGAAGUCCCAUCGUCUUCCUGAGCGCUGGGAGGUGGGGCUGGUUGCCCAGCCGCAGCCCCUGCUGGGUCCUAGGCUUCGUCCCAGCACAGAGCUGCGUCCUCAGGAGCCUCAGCCGCAUGGAAGGCUGAGCUCUCGCUUGGGUGGCCCCAGGGACGGUGGAAGGGGUGUCGGGCGCUGGCUGGACAGACCCGCUCCCUCACCCUCCUGUGCAGGCGGCCGCCUUGACUCCGCCCCUCUCCCCAAUAAACUUUCCAAAGUCGGACCUGGACGCAGGUUUCCCGAUGACGGGCCUUGGCGCUCUGCACGGGUC